AUGGCCGCUUCUAUUACUCCAAUCGCCUUCCUAGAGAUCAUACCCCAGGACGGCCCCAAUAUAGGCCACUACGAUUUCUUCCCAGGAACGCUAUAUACCCUAUUAGAGCGAAGCAUUAAGUAUCCGCAGAUAGUAGGACUCGCCGAUGCCGGGCCCGGUAUUAAAUUCGUAAGUCUCCGCCAGUAUCUGCGGGGGCUAUAUAAGGAGCUAAAUAGUAACGAGAAAAGUCUCGCUUCUAUCGUCAAGGCUACUUAUUCUCUUACAACUCGGUAUAUCCCCGCCGCUAGAGCUAUCCGCAAAUCCGUAAGCGCGCUCGCAAAGAACGGAUACAAAGGUCAGCUCUAUUCGACAUACCACGUCGCUAACAUCGAUCCUACCACCGGUAAUCUCAAAUGGCGCUGGACGGCACAGGGGUACGCGAACGAUUCCACGUGGGCCCGUGGCCAGUCGUGGGCGAUCCUGGGAGCUUUCCUCAAGGCCGCCUUGGGUACUGCGGAAUACUUCCUAUACCGCCUCGACACGGCGCCGUCAUCGCCGAUACAGAACCCCAUAGAGCCUCUACGAGACUCAUCGGCCGGGAUAAUUACUACUAACGGCAUGUUAGUGCUAUCACAGGAGCUCAAGGGCAUUCAAGAACAUGAUUUAGCACAGCGGUUCUUCGACGCGGCGGUUGAUAUCGUUAGAGACACCCUCGACUACUCUCUCGCAAAUAAAAAGGCUCAGUUCACCAGAGAUAGCAGCAAGGCGGGAUGUUUCGACGGCAUCAUCAAGUACGGAACGGCAAAUAACAAUGAGAAUGCUAGACGAAGGUACUAG